GGGUGUAUCCCAAAACCACGCCCGACCAAUCAGAGGUGGCGUCUGUGAUGACCCCGCACUGGUCCGGACUGGAGCUCCCAGUGCAGCGCGGCUGCUUUGGGGCUGGCGGCACCUGCCCGGCGCUGGCCAUGGGGCGAGUGGCGGCAGCUGGGGCCGUACUGGUGGCACUGGUGGUGCUGGGAGCCCCCCCGGCUGCGGGCGAGAAGCUCUCGACGGUGUUCCAGGAGAUGUUUAAGGCCGAGUGUCACUUCAUUAACGGCACAGAGAAGGUGAGGUACAUGCAAAGGCUGUUCUACAACCGGCAGCAGGACGUGAUGUACGACAGCGAUGUGGGGCACUACGUGGGGUUCACCCCGUACGGGGAGAAGGUUGCCAGGGCCUGGAACAGCAACCCGGAAUGGAUGGAGGAGAGACGGACUGCAGUGGACUGGUACUGCCGGCACAACUACGAGGUGUCCACCCCGUUCAGCGUGGAGCGCAGAGUGCCCCCCAGCGUGUCCAUCUCGCUGGUGCCCUCGAGCUCCCAGCCCAGCCCCGGCCGCCUGCUCUGCUCCGUGAUGGAUUUCUACCCUGCCGAGAUCCAGGUGAGGUGGUUCCAGGGCCAGCAGGAGCUCUCGGGCCACGUGGUGGCCACCGACAUCGUCCCCAACGGGGACUGGACCUACCAGCUGCUGGUGCUGCUGGAAAUUCCCCCCCAGCGCGGGCUCAGCUACACCUGCCAGGUGGAGCACGUCAGCCUGGAGCAGCCCCUGAGCCUGCACUGGGAGAUGCCGCCGGACGCCGCCCGCAGCAAGAUGCUGACGGGGAUCGGGGGCUUCGUGUUGGGCUUCGUCUUCCUGGCGCUGGGGCUCGGCUUCUACCUGCGCAAGAAGAGCUCCUGAGCCGCCGGCGGCCGCAGCCCCUCCCCGUGGC